CUAAGGUAGUCAGUUAGUAUUGUGAAAUUAUUUGUAAUUGAAAAUUUCAAAGAAUCGUCGUGAAAUGAAGACGCUAAUAAUAUUGAGUUUAUUUAUUUUGCGGAUUACAGCUAACCCAACACCACGGAGAUUCGUAUCUACAGCUGAAAGAGUUGUUGGUCAUGGUUAUCCUUUGGAAGAAUAUAAAGUUCAAACAAGUGAUGGUUACGUAUUAACAAUGUUUAGAAUUCCAUAUUCUCCGAGAUUAAACAACAAGAAUGAGAAUAAUAAGCCAGUGGUAUUUUUAAUGCAUGGGUUACUUAGUUCAUCGGAUUCAUGGGUUCUAAAUGGUCCUGACGAUGCUAUGGCUUUUAUGAUGGCAGAUGCCGGGUAUGAUGUGUGGAUGGGCAAUGCUCGUGGCAAUGUAUACUCUAAAAAACACGCUUCGAUAUCUCCCUUGCUACCUUCAUUUUGGGACUUUGAUUGGCAUGAAAUCGCAUUAUAUGAUUUACCAGCAAUGAUCGAUUAUACUCUUUACCAAACCGGACAAGAUGGCCUACAUUAUGUUGGCCAUUCACAAGGUACCACCGUUUUUAUGGUCUUGCUUUCAACUAUUCCUAGAUACAAUGAUAAAAUAAAAACUUCUCACCUUUUGGCGCCUGUCGGAUUUAUGAAUAAUAUGCAGUCACCACUUGCAAAAAUUGCUGCUCCUUUUUUGGGUCAUCCCAGUAUGUUGGCGGAGCUUAUAGGCAACUCUGAGUUUUUGCCCAGCAAUAAAUUGAUUAGUAUGUUAGGUCCGGAAAUAUGUCAGGAAAAAUCCCCUUUCAUUCCAAUCUGUAGUAACAUUUUAUUUUUAAUUGGUGGCUGGGAUUCGUCUCAUUUCAACUAUACGUUAAUGGAGGACACAAUGGAGACCCAUCCCGCUGGUUCAUCUACUGGCCAACUAAUUCACUAUCUUCAGGAAUACGAAUCUGGUUAUUUUAGAAACUAUGACCAUGGGAAAAUUAGAAACAAAAAAAUAUACAGCACUAAGGUCGCACCAGAUUAUUUCAUUCAGAAUAUUCGCCCCUCAACUCCAGUUAAUUUUUUCUAUAGCGACAAUGAUUACUUUUCAGCGGUGGAAGACGUACAUCGUAUGGCUGAAAUUUUAGGAGAAAACGUUAAGCUAUAUCGAGUCAGUUAUACUGACUAUAAUCAUUUAGAUUUCUUGUGGGCCAUCGACAUCAAAGAUGUUAUCAAUGCAUGUGUUGUAGAUUUAGUUAAUAAAUAUGAAAACAGACCGUUUAAGGGUAAUUUAUGUAAAUAUUUCUUAUAGAUAAUAUAUGUACGUGUAUAUGAAUUUAAGAACUCUAUUUAAUAAAAUAAAAAACUGUACAUAUUACGUAAACCA